CUAAUACUAUCGCAAGAUUUCUGUUUUUCUCACACAAUUAUUUCUGGCUGAUAAUUCGAUCAAUGAUCUUAGGCUGUUAUACCCAAAAUCCCACAUUUCCUUCACAUCUCUAAUGGCUCUCGGCACAGCUUCCCUUCAAUCCCUCCAAACCAUUCUUAAGAACAGCGCCACUUCAUUCGAAUUUGCGCUAGUUUCGGCGCUCAAAUCCAUCUCGUCUUCCCCUUCCUUAAUCUCCCAUGGCCAGCAACUGCAUUGCCUCGUUCUGAAAUCAGGCCUCAAUUUCAAUGUCUUCAUACAAAACAGCUUGAUCAGCAUGUACUCCAAAACCGGGAUGUUUUCGUGCGCGAGAUCAAUUUUCGAAAGCUCCCCGAAGCUGGACUAUGUCUCCUUCAACAUAAUACUAUCAGGGUAUGUAAAAAAUGGCCGUUUGGGAGAUGCCCACAAAUUGUUUGAGAAAAUGCCGCUGAGAAAUUGCGUCUCCUAUACGACCAUGAUUAUGGGGUUUGCUCAGAAUGAGUGCUAUGAGGAUGCGAUUGCCCUUUUUAGGGAGAUGAGACUGUUGGGAGUGGUUCCUGGAGAGGUGACGAUGGCGAGUGUGCUAUCAGCUUAUGCGCGUGCUGAUGGAACUAGGAUGAAUGCAAUGCUUCUGCACGGCUUGGUGGCGAAGCUCGGUCUUGAUAUGCGUGUUAUUGUUUCGACUAAUUUAGUUCUUCUUUAUAGCGUUUCUUCGUCUCUUCAUGAUGCAAGAAAGAUAUUUGAUAACAUGGCGGAUAAGAAUGUGGUGUCGUGGAAUGUGAUGUUGAAUGGUUAUGUAAAAGGAGGACUGGUUGAUUUGGCUAGAGACCUAUUUGAAGAGAUUCCAGGGAAGGACGUCGUCUCUUGGGGCACGAUGAUUGACGGAUAUCUGCAGACUGGGAGGUUAAGGGAGGCCUUGGCACUCUAUUGUGAAAUGAGGCACACCGGCUCAAGACCUAAUGAAGUCAUGGUUGUUGACAUUGUCUCUGCUUGUGGACAGGCAACUAGAUUGCUCGAGGGUCGACAGUUUCAUGCUUUGGCAGUUAAGAUGGGGAUAACCUGCUAUGACUUCAUGCAGGCAACAUUGAUUCAUUUCUAUGUUGCCUGUCAUCAGGUCGAACUUGCUUAUUUGCAAUUUGAGGAAGGAACUAAGGAUCAUGUAGCUUGCUGGAAUGCCCUUAUUGCAGGGCUAAUGAGGAACGGCAUAGUAAAUGAAGCUGCACAUUUGUUUAGUAUAAUGCCACAGCGAGAUGUUUUCUCUUGGAGCUCGAUGAUUUCUGGUUAUGCACAGAACGGGAAGCAUAGUCUGGCCAUUGAUGUUUUUCAUGAAAUGGUUGGUAAAGGGUUUAAGCCAAACGAAAUCACGAUGGUGAGUGUUUUCUCCGCCAUCUCUGGCUUGAGCACACUGAAGGAGGGGAGAUGGGCUCAUGAGUUCAUCCAUUGUAACUCAAUACCAAUCAACGACAAUUUGAGUACAGCCAUAAUUGAUAUGUAUGCCAAAUGUGGGAGCAUUGAUUCCGCUCUAGAAGUAUUUGAUCAAAUCCGAGACAAGGCCAGAAAAGUUUGUCCUUGGAAUGCAAUCAUAUGUGGCUUGGCCAUGCAUGGGAAAGCAGAGGCUUCCUUGAUGAUUUUUGCAGAUUUGCAGAGUCGAAAGAUAAAGCCAAAUUUGAUCACAUUCAUUGGAGUCUUGAGCGCUUGUUGUCAUGCUGGUUUGGUGGAAGCAGGGAAAAGCCAUUUUAGGAGCAUGACAGCGACAUAUGGUUUAGAGCCUAACAUUAAGCAUUAUGGAUGUAUGGUGGAUCUGUUAGGCCGAGCUGGGAGGCUGAACGAAGCAGAAGAGCUUGUGCAAAACAUGCCUAUGGAGGCGGAUGCUAUCAUUUGGGGCACGUUGUUAGCAGCAUGUAAAAUGUACGAGAACACAGAUGUUGGUGAAAGAGCUGCUCAAAAUCUGGCUAAGGUGGAACCAUCACAUGGUCCGAGUAGAGUUCUGCUGUCUAACCUUUAUGCCGAUGCAGGCAGAUGGGAUGAUGCUUUCCUGGUGCGGAGAGCAAUGCAAAAAGAAAACCUUGCACGAUCACCGGCUGCAGGCCCAUGGCACCAGCUUCACCAGCUCCCAGCAGAGCGAGCGCGAGCUCUUCCUCAUUCCACCACCUCAAGACCCACUCAUCUUCAUCCUCGUCUCCUGCUUCUCCUACCUCUUCUAGUCUCUCUCUCACCCUGCCCCCACAUUUCCAGUGCUAUUUCGCCCCUAAUCCGCAGUCUCAGCUGAUCAUCUUCAUGUUAUUCGUCUGCUUCGUUAUCUUCUUUGAGAUCUACUGCGGGCACAGAUCGAGAAGGUGCGAGGGGGAAGGGUGAGGGCUGAAGAAGGCGAUGGAGUUCGAUUUGCAGCUGCAGGAAACAAGGCGGUGAGAGAUGUGAUUGAGCUGCCGUGGAAUGGGGGCAGCGAUGAUAACGAAGAUUACGAGUGUCUAAGGGCGGGCGGAGCUAAGGAAGAUGGCGCCACCUAAUGGCCAUGCGGUGCUACUCUUUUGUGACAAAUGUGGCUGCCCCGUUGCCGAUCUCGAAGGGUGGGGGCCGAAAUGCUGCCGACUCUACAAGAAGUGAGUGCAGUUAAUUUUUUCAUUGUUCAUUUUGAUUGCAGGAUUGGCGCAUGUUAGCAUUGUUUAGGGAUUUGAAAUCGAUUUUUUGAAUGUAGUCUUAUAGCAUGGUUGAAAUGCAAGUUAUGUAGAUUGAGUUUUGAGAACU